UCAAAGGCCUGUACUAUCCACCGAAUUGUAGUAGUUUUUAAUUUGUAAUGUGACUUUAAUCUAGAAUUUUAUAAAGAUCUGUGUACAAUUAUUUCCCCCUUUUUCUGUGAACUUAUAUUUGAUAAUAAACACUUGGUUUCAUAAAGAUACAAAACCGAAAAUUAAUGGAAUGCUCACAUUCAUGUUAAUGAAAUGCUCUGUACACUGUAAGGAUUCAAAACAGUGCUUUCUGUUGCCAAAACUCACCUGGUAGACUUGUCAGUGAAUUACCAUUGCAGAUGGUAUCCAGCCUAAUGUUAGCACCCAAAUGAUUUCCUUAGGGCUUUGACUUCUAAACUGGCCCAUUGCUGCUGGGGGAGCACCCUCAGCUGUCGUCUCAUCAAGGACAUUGGUAGCGUGUUUGGAUUCGUUCUCUGCAUAUAUUUUAGUUCUGUAGAUAGCCAUUCCAAGUUAGACUUACUUUGGUGUAUCAUUUUACACUGUUAUCUAUUAUUCAUUACCUCGGCACAUUGAGGGAGGCAGCAUUGUGAACUGCAUGCUGGUAAACCACUUGGUGAGACCAUGCUUUAUGUUUUUAACCUGUGUAAUUGUACUUAGAGUCAAGCAACUCUUUUGUUUUUUGCCUGAUUUUCCUCUUUGAACAUGGAUUUGUUACCUGAGGGACGCAGUUGAUGACGUUUUGAUAUUAAUAUGUUUGCUGCUGCCACCAAGAGCUUUGUCAAGCAAGUUGGAGAUGGAGGGAGAUUAGUUCCUGUUCCAAGCCUCAGUGAAGCUGACAAAUAUCAGCCUCUCAGUCUGGUGGUCAAAAAAAAGCGAUGCUUUUUGUUUCCUAGAUAUAAAUUUGCCUCAACACCUUUUACACUGAAAGAUAUUCUCAUAGGAGACAGAGAAAUUUCAGCUGGUAUUUCCUCUUAUCAAUUACUGAAUUAUGAAGAUGAAUCAGAUGUUUCCCUCUAUGGACGACGAGGCAACCAUAUUGUGAAUGAUGUUGGCAUCAAUGUUACUGGAUCUGAUUCCAUCGCAGUAAAGGCUUCAUUUGGUGUCGUAACCAAACAUGAAGUGGAAGUAUCAACAUUACUUAAGGAAAUUACUGCCAGAAAAAUUAACUUUGACCACAGUUUGAUCCGCCAGUCAAGGAGCUGCCGAAAGGCAGUGCUGUGCGUGGUCAUGGAAAGUAUCCGAACCACACGCCAGUGCUCACUGUCUGUGCACGCGGGAAUUCGAGGGGAAGCCAUGCGGUUUCAUUUCAUGGAUGAACAGAAUCCCAAAGGAAGGGAAAAAGCGAUUGUUUUUCCAGCACAUACAACCAUAGCUUUCAGUGUUUUCGAGCUCUUCAUUUAUCUGGAUGGUGCCUUUGACCUUUGUGUCACUUCAGUGUCAAAAGGAGGAUUUGAAAGGGAAGAAACGGCAUCAUUUGCCCUGCUCUAUCGGCUGAGAAAUAUACUGUUUGAAAGAAACAGGAGGGUGAUGGAUGCCAUCUCUCGUUCCCAACUUUACUUGGAUGAUCUCUUUUCUGACUACUAUGACAAACCUCUCAGCAUGACUGACAUUUCUCUCAAGGAGGGGACUCACAUCAGAGUGAACUUACUGAACCACAACAUUCCUAAAGGGCCCUGCAUACUCUGUGGAAUGGGGAACUUGAAAAGGGAGACAGUCUAUGGGUGCUUCCAGUGCUCUGUGGAUGGGAUGAAGUACGUGAGGCUCCAUGCAGUUCCUUGUUUUGAUAUUUGGCACAAGAGAAUGAAAUAAAAAGAAAAGCUAAUCUGCCUGUUGGUGUUUUAAGUACAAUUGUGUCACAACCCUUUCAUAAAUUAUUUGGGUUUGCUUGGAUGAAUUAAA